AUGGGCAGUGGGCUCCUGACAGAUCUUGAGCCGUCUUUUGCACUGAACCUGUUUCCGGAUGGGUACUCGAUUAGUGACCCGAGCAAGGGAAUGCUCCUGUUUCUGAUAGGUGACGAUCCAGAGAAGAAGCCGUACAGCAAGGCGUCUAAAGCUUUGUUCUCUGAUAUUGAGCAUGGCUGCUUGCCUCAAGUCAUCUUGGGCGACAUGCCUUGCAAAUUUAUAGAUGGAACUGUUGUGUGUGAGGUGCGGGAUUACCGACCCUUUCUGUCUAAUGCUGGCGAUUCUUCAGGAGAUGAUUUCCCAAUUGUGAAAAGAAUUUCUCUUAGAUUGGGAACUGAAUGUGUUGUGAAAGAUCUAGCUUCCAUUGUGAAUGCUUCAUGGACUUAUCACGAUCAAUUGAUUGCCGAGGCCACCAUCCUCCGUGCCUUGCAACCCAGACUUAAUUUGGACCCUACACCAUGCCUUGAAAGACUUCAGAAUUCUGUCGUUAAGAAGAUUGAUUUAGGUAUAAAUAAAGGGAGGCAGCAAACUAAAGCUACAUCUAUUGUCAAUAUUUCUGCUGAUCCUCCUGAAAAUUGCAAACCCAAGGAAUUCAUCACCUGUGAAGGGGCUGUAGUAUACAUUGAGAAUGAAGCUCCUCUCAAUGAAGCUCCAGAAGGCUUGCCGUGUGAAAUAUUGGACAACUUAUCUAUGAACUGUCCAUACUCACUCCAAAUUGAGAAGGCCAAAUCAGCUGCAGGAUCUGAUCCUGAUAAUGCUACUCAGUACUCUUCUACCUUUAUGAAUAGGCCUGCCCUGUAUGACAGAAAACAAAGCUCAUCAGGUACUCCUGCUCCUGACCUUUUGCUUCAGAGUCAGGAACAGCCGGUGCAGGUAGCAGUUUUACCAGUUGAUCAUGAGUAUGGACGAGUGCAAAAAGAGACAGUUCUACCACAGAACAGAAAGGAGAAUUCAAAUCUUCGAUGUGAAGUACAAGAGCACCAAAACUGCGGGCCUUCAAACAAAUAUUCAAGGUUGAGCUCUGAAAAUUCCAAAUGCCACUUUCAAAUGUCAAUGAGGACUGCAAAUAACAAAGGGCUUAAUCUGGUAUCUCCAAAUGAACAGACAGUUAGAUUUAAGUUAGAUCAGACAACAGGCAGCAAGGACAUGACAAUACAGCAACAGAAGGCCUUAUCAGCAUUCACAGCGACGCAUCCUUCCUUGGACACAAAUAAUUUAUGUGCUGAAAAAAUCCCUGAAGAGGUUAAUUCUUCAUCAAUAAGGUUGACAGACAGAAAUAUGGCCUCAACUGUUGGUCCAGACAAUUAUUUUGUAUCACAGCUCAAAGACAGAAGAGCACCCUUUGUGACCUCAUGCAGUGCAAGUUCUAGAAAGGCACCUAGUAAACCUCCCAAGUUUGCUACAGAGCCCCGACCUACUUCUUCAAAGAGAAAGGUCUUAGAAGUUUCUACCUCUUUGAACCAGGAACCUGAUUCAGAAGGGAAAAGGCAGAAAAAGGCUUGUAAUCAGAGCAGCACACUUUGUGAGAACAGAAGUUCAGUAGAACAAGAUUUUAUUGGUGGUGUUAGCAGUCAACUGGGUAUUUCUCCAGAUAUUGAGUCAUGUAUUGAAGACCCUUCAUAUACCAUUGAACCUGAUAUUGAAAAGAUCCUAUCUGAGGCCAUCCUGACUUCUCAGAGGCAUGGACUGAAUGGAAAAGCUGCUAAAAUUGAAGGUCCAGAAAGAACAUGGCCAUUGCCACCAUCCAAUUUCUUUCCGACUGAGAGUGCAGCAGAAAUUGCAUAUACCCAGAAUGAAACCAUGUCAUACUAUCAAACUGGGAGAACUAUGGAUGCUCGGAAGAUUAGAAAACUUAGUUUUCACCCUGUACAGUAUUUCUGUAGAGGUGUUGUUGAUGAAUGCCACUACACACUUUGUCUCCUUUCGUCCGAAGCACUGGAUGAUCAUCAAAUAGCAGUGGAAACGAUCUAUGGGGAUGAGCGGAUAUACAUUUCUACUGUCCCCACUUCUCACCAUGCAAACAAGCUUGUGGAUCAAUUUAUUUCACUGAUGAAAAGGGAUGGCUACACACUUUGCAAUGAUAUCAGAGAGCAAACUGAAAUUGCCCCCCAACUAGGUUCUCUGACUGGAGAAUAUCCACAGUACCCGUGGCGCUCAUCCCCCAUUGCAAGAAAUGUUGCAAUUAACGGAAACAAUAAUAUAGGCUACACCUUCCAUAAUGGGUCGCCAUAUGUACAUGCAAAUGGUCAGCAACAGUGGAUGCAGGCACAACAGUGUGCCACCUUGGCAAGUUUUCCGACAUAUUUCUGGAAUCCAUAUCAUCCAGGCCAUCAGCGUUAUACCAACACAAUACUCGACCAGGGGAGAUCAUUUCCAAAUGGAAUGUUCUCAAUGAAUCUGAACCAGUAUCAACCUGUUCAGCAACGUCAAGGAGUCGGACAGUGCUGUCAAUGCAGGCAUGAUACACCAGGGUUCAGUGAGAGCACUGGCAGCUACAACCAGUGGCGCCAGGUAUCAACACCUAUGGGCGGCAAAGUGUACCAGUGGGAUCUGCCAGCUUCUGAUAGGCACUUCUGCAGCUGCCCUCCACUGCAUUAUGCUGGGAGUAGCACACCAUUGUCGACGUUGUAUCCUGUUGGGAGUCCACCGGUGAGCUCCGACGAUGGCAGCGUCACAAGCACACCGGUUCAGCUCCAGGCACCUCUCGGUUACCAGUACAUGUCCCAUGGUCAUGGGAUGUGGUGAGGGCGUGAUGGCCUGAUUACCGGUGCUCUUCACAUUCUGGUAGGUAGGAGUACGUAACAAUUAACAAUACAGGCGGUACAGCACACACAGAUUACAGAUAGUGAGAGAUUACGUGGCUGGAACAUAACAGAGUUUUUUUUUUCGCCGGGAAAGCCCAGACCGGGCUAACCAAUUUCAUUAAGAACGAAGCAUGUACAGUUUGAGCUUGCAAAACCUAGCAGAGGUUGCUGAGUCCGUACACCGGGAAACCUCUAGGGACA